CUCGAGCAGCAUUCAGGCAUUCAAACAUUCAUGGUGGUGUCAGCGCGUUGGGUGGCACAAUCAAAAGAAAACAGUUCCCACGAAACGGCUUGCAUGCCUCUCCCUCGCUUGCUCGCAGGCGAGGUUCACUUCGCGCGCCAACAACAACGACAACGUGUUCACGCUGCUUGUCACAACGACACCAUUGUACACACCAUUGUUGUAUGUACACCGCCAUUGAACAGCAGCCCCACCAUUGUACAAACUGCCACCACUUUACCGCCAACAAUCACCACCACAACCACCACGACACAGCACACGCCGCUCCCGCCAUGUGUCGCCUGUCGCCCCUGACAGCCUUGCUGUGCGUCGCCACGCUGCUGGUGGCUGGAGCUGCUGGCUUCGCGCCCUUGGAGGACCAUGUGGCCGCGUUGGAGCACGCUGCGGAACAUGGCACCCGCGUGUUCAUCGCCAUCAACGCCGACUGUGAGACCGCCAAGCGCAUGGCGCCCGCCAUCGCGAAGAGCUGGUAUCGCGAGGGCCAGCCCGCGCGGUCGUACGUGACGGCGCGCCUUGUUGUGGGGAACAGCGCAGACGGCGGCCGCUUGUCGUCCUGCACGGGUGACCACGACCUGGAGCGCUCCCUCAUCACAUACGUGCCGUGGUGCGAGGACUCGUACCCGCCCGUGGCCAAGGUUCUGUGCAUGUGGGAGUGGAUUCGGACGACGUGGCGCGAUUCCUACACGCAUUUCAUGAAGAUUGACGCCGACACGCACCUCAACCUGGAUAACUUGCUGAUCCUGCUGCGCAGCAUGCCCAAGAACAAGCAGCUCUUCGCGGGCGCGCGGGGCUUUGGACGUGGCGCCGAUAACGGCAAGGUCCCGCCCUUUUGCCUCGGCCCCGCUUACGUGGUCACGCGCGCCAUGCUGGACGCGCUCCCGAAGACCAUGGGCAACCCCAACGGCCCUUCCAUGCCGCCCAACUCGGACCGCGCCUUCUCCCUCGUCGUGCAGCGGCAAACCAACAUCACCUGCAUGGACAACGUCCCCGUGCAGUUCAAGUGGGUGUUUAUGAACCGGUACUGGGAGAUCGCAACCAACGGCACCAUUGUGCGCAAGGCCGUGACGGAGGAUGGCCAGAUGGUGCUGCCCCUGCCCAGGGGCGACGGCGGCUUCUUCAGCAGCUUCGUGCGCGCCGUAUCCGUGCAUCCGCUCAAGACGCCCGAGGACAUGCUCGAGUUUGACAAGCGCGCGCGCCGCCUCCGCCUCCCGCUGUUCACCAUUCCGCCGCCCGUGCCCGAGGAGGUGGCCAAGCUCGUCUCCCCGCUCUGCGUGCACAAUCCGGCACGCCAGUACGAGCUGUGCGGGCUGUCGCUGCGCGAGUGCCCCGUGCUCAUGCCGCGCGCCAAGCCGCGCACCCUCGACAGCAUCAGCACCCACGUCAUCUACCUCCCGUCCCGCCCCACAUCCGUCAUGCGCGCCACCAACCUCACCCGCUGGCUCGACGUAUUUGGCUUUGAGGCGCGCAUGUUUGCCGGCGUGGACGGCCCAGACACCCUCGCCGACGCGGCCAAGCUCACCUCGCCGCUCUCCGCUGCGGAGAUUGGGGUGCGUGAGUCGUACAAGAGCCUGCUAGCCGAUAUCCUACGUGGCAACGGCGAUGGGCUGCACCUGUUCCUGGAAGAUGAUGCGCAGCUCUCGCCAAACUUUGCCGAGGGCCUGAGCCGGCGGCUGCGGUCGCCGCGGUGCGGUGGGUACCUGCGCGUGGCGCCCGGCGGUGCGCUGCUGCUGGGCGGCACGGUGUGGCGCAACGGCACAUAUCCCAAGCUGUCCACGCACACCAGCGGAUGGAAGCAGAUUGACGACGAGAUGAAGCGGCACGGCGGCGACAACAAACUCUGCUACAAUGUGGCAGCGGCAACUGAGGGCACCUUUGCCUGGCUCGCAGACACAGCCACGCUGCGGCUCGUGUACUCAUGGCUGGUCAACCCCAGCUAUGCCGACAGGCCUGCCAGCCAGAUGUGGACGCAGCUGGCAGAGGCCGGCGUCUCUGUCCGCGCGCUCUUGCCGCCACUCGUGAUCCCGGAGGUGGAGGACUCCAUCACACACACGGGCGCAAAGUUCACCGACAUGCAGGCCCGUGCGCGCAUACACCGCUGGUCCUUCCAGUGAAGGUGGCACGGGAAGGGAAGGGGAGGUGGUUAAGGGGAGAGGGGAGAGCUAGGGAGAGACUAAGGUAGCGCACGCGUAACAUAUGUGUGUGUGUGUGUGCGUACGUGCUUGCGCGUGUAUGUGUUGGUUUGUAGGCGAUGCCGAAAAUGUUUAGAUGAGGCGGGGCGAGGAAGGUGGACGGGUUGAUGCAAAUUUGUUUGGAAGUGGUGAGGAGAGGCAGAGGCUAUGGCCAAGAAUCGACAGUGGACGGUAGUGGAGCACGCUUGAUUGGUAUCACUCUUAUUGCAUGUUAAUCUGAACCAGCUUUUCCUUACACUCUCUGAUUUACGUUAGCCUAGUGCAAUCGUGUGUGUGUGUGUGUGUAUGUGUGUGUGUGUUUGUAGCGCGUUGGAUGACUCUUGCUCUUCUUUGUUAUCGUGCGUGUACCAUCCCCUUCGACAAUAACGUGACAAUCGACAAGAA